AUGAAAGAUCUUGGAGAGGCUAAUCAAAUUUUGGGCAUGAGAAUCGAGCGUGACAAGGCGGCAGGAAAAUUGUAUCUUUCGCAAGCUGCUUACAUUGGUAAGGUUUUGGAAAGAUUCAACAUGGAUAAUUCAAAGACAGUAAGUGUGCCUUUGGGCAGUCACAUCAAACUGUCGAAGAAGGAGUCACCGAGUACAAAGGAAGAACGUGCUGAAAUGAAGAAAGUUCCUUAUGCUUCAGCAAUUGGCAGUUAUGUGGAUGCAGACUUGGCAUCCAAUUAUCUUGAUUGGAGAAGAAACACAACCGGGUAUGUAUUUACUUAUGGUGGUACUAUUAUUUCAUGGACUUCUAAGUUGCAAAAGACCGUUGCUUUGUCUACUACGGAGGCUGAAUAUGUAGCUGCGACGGAGGCAAGCAAGGAGAUGAUUCCACCAACCCUUUGCAACUUGAGAUCCCUCCAAUUCCUCGAUUUAUCGUACAAUAAUUUGGAAGGAGCACUUCCAUAUUGUCUAGGAAAAUUGGGCACAUCUGCGUCUAUCUUCAAUUUGAAUGCAAAUAAACUUUCUGGCAUCAUACCAUCAAUAUUCCCAAAGAAUUGCAGUCUUGAGUUAAUCAAUCUAAAUGGAAACAAAUUGGAAGGAACACUUCCCCAAACAUUGGGCAACUGCAAAGAUUUGCUUAUGGUGGACAUUGGUAAAAAUAAAAUACAAGGUGCAUUUCCCUUUUGGAUGGAAACACUCCCCAAACUCCGCGUCCUCGUCUUAAAGUCAAAUAACUUCAAUGGUACGAUGUCCGUGCCUUCAAAAACUGAGCAGCCUUUCCCAAAGUUGCAAGUAUUGGAUGUCUCAUAUAGUGCAUUUGUUGGCUCUCUACCUGAUAGAUAUUUCAAAAACUUUCGUGGUAUGAUUGAUGCCAAGGAAUACAUGUCCGAUGAUGAAGCACAUUUGUUACUGAGAUUCAUGGAGAUGAAGAUCACAGUGAAGGGCUUGGAACAGUUAUUUGGGCGACUGCUGACUACAUUUACAAGUAUCGAUAUGUCCUCCAAUAGAUUCUCCGGGACCAUUCCACCUUCUAUAGGGAAUCUUAACUCGCUUAGAUACUUGAAUUUGUCUCGCAAUACCCUCAUAGGACGUAUACCAUCUUCUAUUGGAGGUAUGAAGCAACUCGAGUCGUUGUCUUCAAACAAACUGGAUGGAGAAAUUCCGAAUGAAUUGGCAAGGUUGACAUUUCUUGCGAAGUUAAACCUUUCGAUGCAGUCUACUCAGCUUUCCACAUUUGAUAACGAAUCAUAUGUAGGAAAUGUAGGAUUGUGUGGAUUACCAUUGACGAGAAAAUGUGAAAGGAGUAAUGGAAAACCAUCAGAGCCUCAUGUGGAAGUGGAAUCGGAUAGGGAGAUUGUGUGGGGCUAUGUGUUUGCUGCUGCUGGAUAUGUGUUGAGCAUAGGAAUCUUUUCCUGGCUGCUUUUAUUCUGCCCAAGUUUCAGGUAUAAAUACUUUGAGAAAGUUAACGAUGUUUUUGAGAAGAUCUUUGAGUGUUUCCAGCGCCGGAAGAAAAGAGAUAGACAGCAGUAA